GCAGUCGAGCACCAGUAUGCUCGUGAGGCUGUUGCUGGUGUUCAGCCUGACAAUAGUAGCUGGCCUUCCCAAAACGAAAGAUGUGAGGGAGGAGCUACUACCCGCAGCAGAAUUGGUGCAAAACUACACAAGCGACUUGUGCACCGCUAUCGUCGUUAUGGACAGAACCGACAUCCCUUCAACAAAUUUCAAAUCAACAUGGAAUCGCUGGCAAACCUUGGCAAUAUUCGAGGCGAAUGUUGACAACAUGAACACCAAUUCCGCUGACCACCUAUCAAAAUUAAUCACAUUGGCACGUCAGGUGCGUCGGUCGUCGCAGUGCACAAUGGUAGUGGUAGCGAGUUUUGACAAGGAAUUCCUCGUCGCCUUCGCUCAGUGGUCCCUGAAGCUUCGGCUGCUGGUGUGGACAACUAAGCUGGUGGUGGUGACCCACCUCGCAUUCACAGAACUGCAGGCCCUUCUACCUGCCUACUGGACCUUCUCCAUGAUGAACGGAGUUAUUUUCAAUAAGGAGGAGCACAUAAAUCACACAAAGUACGCCGUGUACACUUACUUGCCAUACAGCCCGACCGGUUCCCAGACGGUCAAGAUUGCCUUCUGGACAUCACCUAACAGCUUCAUACCACUCUCUUCAGUCUCCUUCUUCCAAGAUAAAUUCGACAAUUUUCACGGCACUGCAGUGAACGUGACGGCGCAGCCCUACAUGCCUUACUGGGGCGAAGAGGAAGCAAGGGGCCCUGAUGGUUCCAGGGUGAUCAUGUAUCGUGGCUCCGACUAUCGCCUUCUGGAAGCUGUUGCCUCAGUCCUCAACUUUACAAUUCGGGUCAUUCCAACUUCAUCGUGGGAUGAUGUAACAAAUUUGGUCGAGGACCGCACUUCACUGAUAGCCUCCGUUAUUUAUGGGAUGUUAACUGUGCGAGCGGAAAGGUAUGACUUCAGUUUCAGCUAUGCAUAUGGCCAUAGGUCGUUUGCCAUGGCUAAACCCAGCCUGGAGGCUCAGUGGACGAGCUUGUACUAUCCACUGGCAAAUGAAGUGUGGAUAACACUCCUUGUCCCGCUCCUCCUCGUUCCUUCCCUUUUGAUUUUGUUCACACGGGCUGACCAUGAUGGACAAAGAAGAUACACGGGUAUAGGAGCAGUGUUCCAGGACAUGGUGGGAAUGCUGUUAGGCCAAAACCUCCCUCAACGGCUGUCCAGUGCCUCUUCCAUUCGUCUCCUAGUAGCUGCGUGGCUGAUAUUUGCAUUUAUCCUGGCAGUAGCCUAUCGCAGCAACUUGACUGCCUCCCUUACUCUUCCUAAGUAUCCUCCACGUCCAGAAACACUUCAGGAAGUCGUCGACACUGUUGACAUGGUCACCGUACCUGCUUAUGGUGAACAAUACCGCAAGUUCUAUAGUGAAUCUAACUCUCCCCUGUUCCAAGCCUUGGGCAGAAUAAUGAAACCUGGACCCUCGCUGAUGGAGGGCCUCAAGAAUGCGUUAGUAAAGAGAAGCAGCCAUGCAGAGGAAAAAAAGUAUCUUCAGUAUGAGAUUAUGGACAAAUUUACAGAAGAAGAUGGCAGCACUCAUCUCUACGUUAGUCGCGAGUCCCUUUUUUCGGCGCCUUCUGCCUGGCCCAUCCCUCACGAUGCGCCAUACAAGGCUCACUUGGAUAGAUGCCUAUUAGCUGCAUUAGGGGCAGGUCUAUACGACAAGUGGACAGCCGAUAUACUAACACAGACUAAACUUAGGAGUCAAAGAAGGCAACGACGACGUCAGGCCGCUGAUCAACAGAAGCGGGCAGCAGAAACUGGAGACGUGAACAAGGAAGGGACGCCGAUCCUCACCCUGAGCCACACGCAGGGGGGAUUCAUUCUCCUGAUGGCGGGCCUCGGGCUUGCUACCUUUGCCUUUGGCUGGGAAAUGCUGCCUUGCACUUAACUGGAUCAUAAAAUCAUGUAGAUAAAGAUGAUUUAUGUAGAGCGACUGGGUGAGUCCACAAAUUUCAUGCAAUGCCCGGUUAAAUAUACAAUGUAUCAAUUAAAUUAAUACUGCGUAUUGUGUUUCAAAUAUCUUUGAAGAUACUCAUAUAUAAAUAACAAGAUACAGCAUAUUAACUGAAACAGAAGGAAAUCAAUUAUAAUCUUCAUUCUUACUCGUAAAUAGGACUAAUAAAAAUUUUAUCUACGUAAUAAAGAAAAUGUGGAAAGUUCAACAUAAUAAUGAAUAUAGCAAUAUAGUGUUCGUUUCGUUAUGGUGUAACAUUCACAUCAUCUCUGUAAGUGUGUUAAUUUUACCUGUAUAUUCAUUCAGAACUAUCUUGAAAUGAACACUUACGUAAUGUAAUUUUGAUAAAAGUGUAAAAAGUUUGUACCGGUACAAUCCCUUGGUAAUAUCUGAGUAGAAAGGAAAUUCAGAAAACAAGAUAUAUGGGUACUUUUCCACAGAAUGCCCUCUCCGUAGCGGUAUUAUACUUCAGAUAUCUACUAUGCCUCAUCCUCUUAUUCAUGCUCCCUCCGUUGUCACGCACCUCUCUAGAUUGUGUUCCCUCGAUUGAAGACACUAUUGUAA